AGGCGCCGGAAGCGGAGCGCGGAGACCGCGGCGCGCGGGACGCACGGGGCGCGGCGGCGGCGGCGGCGGCGGCAUGGGGCUGCUGAGCGCGGCGGCGCGCUGCGUGGUGCGCGGCGCCGACCGGAUGAGCCAGUGGACCAGCAAGCGCGGCCCGCGCACCUUCUACAAGAGCCGCGGCGCGAAGGGCACCGGCGUCCGGUCCCGCGAGGGCAAGUUCGUGCUGGUCAAGGAGAAGGUGCCCGAGCUGGUGGUGCCCGACUUGGCCGGCUUCAAGCUCAAGCCCUACGUGAGCUACCGCGCCCCGGCCGGCGACGACGUGCCGCUGACGGCCGCGCGGCUCUUCCAGGAGGCGGUGGCGCCCGCCGUGGAGAGGGACUUCCGGGCUGGCACUUUCGACCCCGAGCGCCUGGAGAAGUACGGCUUCGAGCCCACGCAGGAGGGCAAGCUCUUCCAGCUGUACCCCAAGAACUUCCCGCGCUAGCGGCCGGCCGGAGGGACGAGAAAGCCCCUCCCGGGCCCUCCUCCCCGGCGCCAGCGCGCUCUUGCCUCGAGUCCGCCAGGCGCAACAGCUGCUGUUUCUCCGAGCCUCCGUGCUCGGGACUGAAGGGGUUACCGGGAGCAUCCCCCGCGCGGGUGUCUUAACACUUAGGACGGGCCAGACCGGAGGCCCGGGUCCCUGAGCCCGAGGACGACAGCGAAGGAACUGAAGCUGCGCCGUCGGCAGGAGACCUCCUGACUGACAUCUACGCGCCCAGACUACCUGCCGCAAGGCCCGCCCCUUUUCGAUCCAAUAAAAACGGCCCGACCCUCCGGGCUGGUGCUUUCCUCCGCGCCGAGCCCGUUCCCUCUCUUGGGAACAGAGAAAUAAAA